AUGUCGGUCCUACGGCUCAACGCGGCGCUGAGCCGAGGGGCGGCGGGGCUCGGCUGGAUCCCGCGGAUCGAGAGCUGCCCCUGCUGCCGCCGCCCCGUCACCCGAGAAGCAGGAAGGGUAUGGGCCUGGGUCAGGAGGUCCUCGUCGGCGAGCACCAGAGAGCGGGACAGGAGGAGAGACGGGGGGCGAGUGGAACUGCUGGAGGUCUUGGAGGCCCGGGUGAAACAGCUGCAGGCAGAGUUCGUGUCAGAGGUGACGGUGAAUCGAGUGGAGCUGGCCCCGCUGAGGGGCAGCAGAGAGAGCAACUUCCACCUUGCGGGCCUGGCUGCCAGAGGAGACAAAGGAGAGGUGGGCGGAGGAGGCACGGCCCAGGCGGGCUCCGGUCUCCCCGGUCGCUGGGAAAAGAAGCUCAACAGAGAUAAGACGGUCAUGCAGAAGAGACAGCAGAAACUGGAAGCCAAGCUAAGGGCCCAGCACCAGCUGGGCCCGGUGAGAAACAUAAAAGUGAUCAAGAAGUUUCGCAGACCCCCCCAAGACAUUUUUUUGGCUCCCCCCAGAGACAUUUCGCUGGAUCUCCCCAGACCCUCCGGGGACCUGGAAGGGGUGUCUCCUGACGCUGCCGAGUUGGCCCACGUCCAGCCGCCAGUAUCCCGCGACCAGCUUCGGGAGGAGUUCGUGGAUAGACUCCUCCCCGAGCAGUCCGCCGAGGCGGAGGCCAGCCACGGGGGGCCGGCCCAGCAGGAGCGCUGCACCAAUUUCCAGAAGAACUUCCUGGCCUACCUAGAGUGUUGCGUCUUCACGGGCCAGCUGGAGCAGGCCCAGAUCAUCCUGCACCAGCAGCACUGCAGGCAGAGCCGCCAGAAGCUGCUCACCCUCCCCAUGUAUAACACCCUCCUGCGGGGCUGGGCCAAGAAGGGCUCCUUGCCUCAGAUCCGCAAAGUCUUCUCCAUGCUGUGGGAGGCAAGCCUGACCCCUAACCUUGAAUCCUACGCCGCUGCCCUUGAGUGCCUGGGACGAAGGGACUCCGACGCCAGUUUCAUCGCGAGCUGCUUGCAGCAGAUGAAAGAUAGAGGCUACCAAUUGAAGGACCUCUUCCAAGAUGUGCGGUACUUCCAGGACCAAAAGAAAAUGGUGCUGACAGCCAUCAGGAAGGUGGACCCCAACUUUGCCCCACCCCCUCCUCCCCCGCCAGAGUUGUGCACGUCUCCUCUGCUCAGAGAUUUCUACGCUAAGAAGGGACCGGUGUCCUACCCGAAGCUGCCCUUAUCCGUGAACGAGCUGCAGAAGGGCUUCCAGGAGCAACUGAAAGUGGAGCGGGCCACCACCCUCACCAUCAGUUCCGUGGAAGAGGCCAAACCUCUGACAGAUCGGACCGUCCAGGCGCGGGAGCUCCUGACGGCCCUGCGCCAGGAGUGGAAGAAGUCCCUGCGCACGACCCUGCGACAGACAAAAACCUACUUGGCCAGCACGAGCCAGGCCAACCGGUUCAACCUGUUUCCCUACCUGUGUCUGCUGAAGGACACCCAGUAUGUGGACACCAUGAUGGAGGCCCUCUCCACCUUACCUCCGCACGGAGACACGCUGUUUGCCUUAGCCUGCAACCUGGGCGCGAAAGUGCACAGACUGUACAAGAUCCAGAAGCAGAUUCAGAGCCACGUGGUAGACGAAAUCCAGGCGAUCUACAAGCAGUACGUCCACCUGCUGGCCAAGGAUACCCAGCCGAACCACUACCUCCCCCGGGAAUACUGGGAGGCCCUCGAGUCGAAGGCGGCCUCCAGCCUCUCCUCCAGCCCCUGGAACAUGUCUUGGCCCCACACGGUGGUGUUGCAGCUGGGGAUCCAGCUGGUGGAGAUCCUGGUGCAGUCCAUCAAGAUGCCAAGCAACCUCCUCACCUCCCAGAGGGAGAAGAAGCUCAUCCCCAUCCUGUACCACGUCUACUCCUUCCGCAGCAACCGGCAGAUCGGCUUCAUCAGGCCCCACCCGACGUACAACCAGCUCCUCGUCGACGCGCGGGAGACGAGCCUGACCUUCGACGCCACCGUGAUGCCCAUGCUCUGCCCUCCCGUGCCCUGGACCUCGCCCCACUUCGGGGCCUACAUCCUGAGCCCCACCAAGCUGAUGCGGAGCUUGGAAGGGACGGUCCAGCACCAGCAGCUGCUGGACCGCUGCCCCAGGACCAACCUGCACUCGAUGUUAGAUGCCCUGAACCAGCUAGGGAACUGUGCCUGGAAGGUGAACCGGCCCGUGCUCGACCUCAUCAUCUCGGUCUUCAACGCCAAAGGCAGCAAAAAGCUGGGCGUGCCCCCGCCCCUCUCGGAAGCCCCGCCGGUCCCCGUCUUCCAGCUGGCCCCGGGCGACCCCCCGUCCAAGAAGACGGCGCUGCUGCGGGAGAUCGCCGAGAGCCGCAAGGUGGCCGCCGAGAUGUACAGCUUGCGCGUGGACGCCCUCUACAAGCUCUCCAUCGCCCACCACCUGCGGAACCGGGUCUUCUGGUUCCCCCACAACAUGGACUUCCGGGGCCGCACCUACCCCUGCCCGCCCCACUUCAACCAUCUGGGCGGCGACUACACCCGGGCCCUCCUGCUCUUUGCCGAGGGCAAGCCCCUGGGGCCCCACGGCCUAGACUGGCUCAAGAUCCACCUCGUCAACCUGACGGGGCUGAAGAAGAAGCAGUCCCUGCGGGACCGGCUGGCUUACGCCAACGAGAUCCUGGAGGACAUCCUGGACUCGGCCGACCGCCCCAUGACGGGAAAGAAGUGGUGGAUGGACAUGGAAGAUCCCUGGCAGGUCCUGGCGUGCUGCAUGGAGAUCGCCCGGGCCAUCCGCUCCCCAGACCCUGCGGCGUACAUCUCGCAUUUCCCCGUCCACCAGGACGGUUCCUGCAACGGGCUGCAGCACUACGCGGCUCUGGGCCGGGACGUCAUCGGCGCCACCUCCGUCAACCUCAUGCCCUGCGAUACCCCCCAGGACGUGUACGAAGGCGUGGCGCAGCAGGUGGAGCAGUACCGGAAGAAAGAUGCCGAGAAGGGGGUGCACUCGGCCCAGGUCCUGGAGGGCUACGUCAACCGCAAGCUGGUGAAGCAGACGGUCAUGACGGUGGUGUAUGGGGUGACCCGCUACGGCGGGCGGCUGCAGAUCGAGAAGCGCCUGAAGGAGAUUGAGUUCCCAAAGGCUUAUAUAUGGGAGGCCUCGCACUACCUCGUCCACCAGGUCUUCAACAGCCUCAAGGAGAUGUUUACGGGAACCAGGGAGAUCCAGCUCUGGCUGACGGAAAGCGCCCGGUUGAUCUCCAGGUCGGGUCAGACGGUGGAGUGGGUCACGCCCCUGGGCCUCCCCCUCAUCCAGCCCUAUCACCGGGACAGGAUGGUCGUCGUAAACAGCAACUUGCAGAGAGUGAGCCUGCGGGUCAACUCGGAUACGGGCCAGAAGCCCAACACCAUGAAGCAGAAGAAUGCCUUCCCCCCCAACUUCAUCCACUCGCUCGACUCCACCCACAUGAUGCUGACGGCUCUCCACUGCUACAGCGAGGGGCUGACCUUCGUGUCCGUGCACGACUGCUUCUGGACUCACGCCUCCACGCUGGACGUCAUGAACAAGGUCUGUCGUGAACAGUUUGUGAACCUGCACAGCCAGCCCAUCCUUCAGAACCUGUCCGACUUCCUGGUGCAGAAAUACUGCUCCAAGAUCCCCCUCAAGCCCCACAGCAAGGACAAGCUGGGCCCGGAGAUGCUGAAGGUGCUGGCUCGUGUUCCUGCAACAGGAGACUUUGACCUGCAGAAGGUGAAGGAGUCCGUCUAUUUCUUCAGCUGAAACCAGCGCCGAAAGCCGUCUCUCCGUGGCCUUCCCCCAGCGUGGACUUGGCGGACCCGGGCCGAGGAUCGGCCCCGCCCUCCGCCUCGGGGCACCGGGGACCCGUUGUUGUCGGGCCACGAACGGCGACAGGCGCCGGGGCCUCCAUCCGUCCUCCCUGCCCAGAUCUGCCGCGGGGGACGUGUGGGUGGGCUGGUCGGGAGUGGCGCCGUCCCGCGGGGCCCGCCCAGCCCGAGUCUUGGGACCGAACCGGGGCCCCGAGCAAAGACCGCCCCGAGCCCAGCCGGGCGGGGGACGGGCCUGGCUCCCAGGAGCCUCCCUGCCGCUCCCCCUGUCCGGGAAGGGAGGCCGAGUCCUCAGCCUUUGUCCAGCGGGCAAGGGUGAGCCAGCUCACCAAAGAGUACGAGGACGUAAAUAAAACAGCUCCAGCGUACCGUGAAGGGACA